CUCUGCGCCCGCCUCCCGCCCUCCCUCGCUCUCUCCCCUCCCUAGCACUGCAGCAUUCGCCGACUGCAGCUCCAGCCGCCGCCUGCGCCUCCUCGGCCUCCGCAGCCUCUGCCGCCAGCACCAUGGCCAGCACCUUGUCCGCCUACAAGGAGAAGAUGAAGGAGUUGUCAGUGCUGUCGCUCAUCUGCUCCUGUUUCUACUCACAGCCACACCCCAACACCAUCUAUCAGUAUGGGGACAUGGAGGUGAAGCAGCUGGACAAGAGGGCCUCUGGCCAGAGCUUCGAGGUCAUCCUCAAGUCCCCAUCUGACCUGUCCCCUGAGAGCCCAGUGCUCUCCUCUCCCCCCAAGAGGAAGGACACCUCCCUGGAGGGGCUGCAGAAGCGGUUGGAGGCAGCUGAGGAGCGGAGGAAGACGCAGGAGGCGCAGGAGAUAGCCCAGAGUGAGGCGAGGCCCUCCCCUGGCCGGAACCCCUGGGAGUGGCCUCUGCUUCAGACCAUAGGGUGGAACCAGAACCUGGGGCGGGGGGGCUCCCACCUCCACCUGUCCUCACAGGAGCUGCACGCAGCCGAAGUGCGCAGGAACAAGGAGCAGCGAGAGGAGAUGUCUGGCUAAGUAAGGGGCUGCGGAUCAGAGGCGCCUGGACCCCGAGAGGAGACGUCAACACACGCGGGCUCUGGUUUCGUCUUGUCCCACUUUGUCUAGAUGCAACUUUGGUUCCUGCCCCCUCCCCACCCUGCACUUCUAGCUCAUGCUUCUCUUUCUGCUCUGAGCUGUCCAGUCCUUGUGGCCUGUCGCUCUCCACAGGCUCUCCCUCCAGGAGCCACCAGGACCUGGCACACAGUCCCUCGGUUCAGGCACCAGGCCAGGCAGUGGCCGGGUCCCCUCUUGGUGGCCCUCUUAGCAAAUGUGGUGGCAGCCUCAAUAAAUCCAGUGGUGGUAGCAGGAA